UUACAAAACUGAAACGUUUUUUUAUCUUGACAACAAAAGGAAAAAAAAUGAAAAGAAUAACAAAACUUUUGGCCUCCCACUCUCUCAAAAGUUUGAUGGCCAAGAAAAACAAGCGUUCCCAACAGAAGAACAAGUGUCUCAAACCGGAGAAAGAUCCAUCGACGGUGAAGAGAUUGUUGGAAGAUCCGCCGAGGAAGAAAAGAUAUCUACAACCAUUGGAAAAUCCACCGACGGAAUCUUAUGGCGACGACGAGAAAAUGGAGACUGAGGAAGAAGGAGAAAAAUAUCUUGGUAAGAAUCUUCCGGCUUCUGCUUUUAUCAUCGUUGCUGCUGAAAGGCAUGACUCCGAUUCAUAUUCUGAAACCGAGCUGGAGAAGAAGAUUUGCGGUUCCGUUGUUGUAGCCAAGAUGAAUGAUGAUAAGAUGGUGUCAACAGAUACCAAAAAGAAGUAUUUUCAAAGAAUAUUGAGUGAUGAUGAUAAGAUCGUCUUGUUGCAAGGCAUGGUUGAUUUCCAGAAUGAUAAAGGGACGAUUUCUUAUGAUGAUAUGACUGGUUUUAUUGAUACGGUGAAGAACAUCAUUAGCUUUCAAGCGAAUAGUCGUCAAUUCACUACCAAAAUCCGUCGUUUGAAAGACAAGUUUGUACAGAAAAGGAACAAAGGUGUAGAUGAGAACUCUCUAGCAAAUGUUGAAAUAUAUGAAAUCUGAAUACUUGUGGCUAAAGACAAGAUUUUUGAUGAGGUCAACUCGAUGAUCACUGGAGCAAAUUAAACAAGUCUGAAUUUAGAAUUGUAAUGCAUCCUUUUUCAUUUUCAUCCCUUAUGACUCUG